AUGGCGCCAACAAAGGGUGACAAGAAGACGGCCGAGAAGAAGCCAUCGACAGCAGACAAAGAAGCCAUUGAAGGCCGAGAAGAAGCUUUCCUUAAAGAAGGCGUUUCAAGUGCCGGAAUAGAGAAAAAGAAGAAAAAGAGCCAGAAGAGCGUCGAGACAUACAAGAUCUACCUUUUCAAGGUUUUGAAACAAGUUCAUCCUGAUUAUCGGCAUCUCUGGAAAAGCCAUGGGGAUCAUGAAAUAGUUUUAUCAGCGACAUCUUCGAGAAGCUCGCUCAGGAAUCGUCUCGUCUCGCUCGUUACAAUAAAAACCGACAAUCACUUCUCGUGA